AAUUUUUUUUCUUUGUUUAUGUUGUCCACACGCAAUUAAAAAGGGCUAUGCAUAAUUGCAUAUUCUGUGUGACUAAGAAAUACCAUAUAUAACAACAAGUCUAUUGGUUUAGUGGGAAAGGUAGGUUUGAUAGUUGGUUAGCUCAUGGUAAUUUCUGGCUUCUCUAAUCUCCCAUCUUUUCUUUUUUAGUUAUAAAAACUGUUGAAGACGUGAGUGAGUAGUUAACAGUGACAAAGUGAAUUAAGAUCAAAGGUUUGUGAGAAUGAAGCAAAGAAAGGAUGAAGGAAUUGGUGCUUUUGGAUCAAAGAGAGAGGUUGUUUCAAGGAGAACACCACCACCACCACCACCUCCACUUCCGAAAUUUCGAGUCAUCUCAAAGCCAAGAGCGGAAGAGAGUGUGACAAAGCGAGAAAUUGCCAAGUUUUGGAUGCAAAAGCGAAUUGUCGAAGAGGAUCAUCUUCUUGCUGCUAUCAAAGCAGCAGCAAGACUUCGUGCACGCAAUCUCACGGAGCAAGAGUACCAGAGCUUCGAAUUGUGCUUAAAGAAUGAAAGUGAAGAUGAGGCCAAUAAAGAGAAGGUUAAUUGUGUUGUAGGGACAACUUGUUGCGGCAAAAAAGUUGAUGAGGACAAGGAAGUACGCGUGGGAAUAAAGGAUUGGUGGACAAAAAGCAAGUAUGCAUAUUUGAACCAACCGGCCUUAUCUUCCAUGGAUCCUCCUAAAAAACGAAGUUCUACUUAUGUUCCUAAUUGUCUUUCAUACAAGCCCAAGGCUUUGUAUCCUACCCUUAUUGGUGUCUUUUAAAACCAUAAGAGGCAUUCUAAUAUUGUUUGUCAAUUGGUCAGUUUCUGGAAUUUCUGUUAGUUCCCUUGUUCAUGUUUCAUUUGUCAUUCCAAAUCUUAUGCGUGUUAUUUCGGACAAGUACUGUUACAUUUGUAUUUUAUUGGGCUUGGGCCAACAUUUAUUGAACUGCUUUUUGUAUCACCAUAAUGUUCUGUUUCUUGGUUAAUAAACUGUAAUAGAA